AUGACACUUUUUCCCAUCCUCGGAAUUGUGUUUUUAUUAUGUUUCUCUGACCGUUUAGCAAUAUGUGCUAAUUGCCCCUAUUCUGGAAAUCCAACCACAAGUUUAAAUGAAAUUACUCUCAUUCAUGGAGCUAAAACGAGAAAUAUCCCAUUUCCAGAUGGGCGUCUAUUGGCCCCAGCGCCAGAUAUAACCGUGUUGAGUAACGACACACUAACAAAUGACACGCGCAUUCUUCCAACUAUUGGAAAUGGGCAUAUCGCUACUGUUGUUAAAUCAGACACAAUGUGUAUGAAUGGGCUUUACAACGGUUACGCCAUUAAAACACACCGAGCCUUGCUCCCAUCUAUAAUGAUAAAAAGUAUUACUAUCAACGGAAGUGCUAAGUCCAACUACAGUAUAGACUUCAAGAAUGGCAUGUUCGUGGAGAGCCACAGCGGGCAGAACUUCUCAGUGACAAUGAAGAUGUACGCCCAUCGGUCCCUCCCCCAGCUAAUAGUGACAGAGCUAUUGAUGCUGAACGAACAACAUCUGCCUCUGCAGCUGUCCAUCAGCAGUGGUAAGGCAACCGUGACUGAUGAUCUGGAUCAAAAUCUCAGUGGGAGUCGUUCAUCACCCUCAGACAAUAAUACCGGAAUAUUUUUCGGAAGAAUUAAAGAAUUUGAGUAUUCUUGGAAUGAGACACGCAAUGUUACCAUGGUUUAUUCACGGAUACCUUCAAAUAUCUGUGUGGCUCCAUAUCAAAAGAUGGCUCGACUUUUUCUUCUUAGUGUUGAUAGUAAUCCACAAGUUGCCAAAGAACAGUUUACUGAAGGUGUGACUCUAUUCAUUAACAACACACUUGAGAAUCAGCACAUACAGACAUGGCAGAGUAUUUGGAACAAUGGACGUAUCGACGUAGUAGGGAACGACAAUCUAGCUAAAUUAAUAUGCUCAUCUCUCUACUACAUACUCAGCUCCCUUCCCCUGUCAGAAAAACCGGGUUUCAUUGGUCUUUCACCAGGGGGUCUUGCACAUGGACUGAUGUAUAAUGGUCACGUGUUUUGGGACCAAGAGACAUGGAUGUAUCCGCCCAUUCAGUUAUUGCACAGCGAUAUAGGCAAGGCUAUAAUCAAAACCAGAAUUAGGACACUGGAUAACGCUAAACAUCAGGCCAUGAUGAGGGGCUUCAGGGGAGCUAUGUAUCCAUGGGAAAGUGCAUUCAGUGGAUAUGACGUCACACCAGUUCCUCCAUACUUCCAGUUUGAAAAACACAUAACAGGCGAUAUAUCAUUCGCAGCCAGACAAUAUAUUUACCUUACACGUGAUACGCAUUUUCUAAUCCAUGAAAGAGGGAAUGAAAUGAUAAGAGAUAUUGCUGAAUUUUGGGAAUCCCGUGCAGUAUUUAAUAAAAGAACCAGCGUAUAUGAAAUAUAUAAUGUGAUGCCACCAGAUGAGUACCACCACCAAAUCAACAACUCUGCCUACACAAACCUCGUGGCCCAACUGAGUCUGCGCCUCCCAGAGUUUAUUGAUGGACUCCUGGGUCAGUACUCCAAGCCUUUAUAUAAGGAGGUGGCAGACAAUAUGUACAUUCCCUUUGACAAGUCACGACGUUAUCAUCCAGAAUUUGACGGAUAUCAACAAGGCGAAAAGGUAAAACAGGCAGAUGUUAUUUUGAUGGGGUUUCCUUUAAUGAUGGCUAUGCCUGGAGACGUGCGCAGAAACGACUUACUAAUAUAUGAAAAUGUAACCCCUGCCGGGCCCGCCAUGACGUGGGGAAUGUUUGCGAUCGGUUACCUGGAACUUAAUGAUACCACAGAAGCAGCCAGGUUAUUCAGAAAGCAAGAAGAAAAUGUGGCGGCCCCUUUUAAUGUUUGGACGGAGAAUGCCGAUGGUACAGGAGCCGUCAAUUUUAUCACAGGUAUGGGCGGAUUUUUACAGUCUCUAUUGUUCGGUUAUGGUGGCAUCCGGCUUCAUCCAGACAGAAUAGAUUUCCACGGUCGUCUUCCACCGUCAACAACAUCUUUCAAAAUCACAGGCCUAGACUAUCUUGGCGGAUCUAUAGAUUUAUCUUUCACGAAUGACAAAACUAAUGUUACAUUAACCAAAAUGGCAAAACACCCAAUGAAGUUAAAAUGUGAGGGGAAAACUGUCCGGCUAGAAGUCGGAAAAAAUAUUGAAUUUACGACCAGUCCUGCCUCAUUAGAACCAGAUUUUCCACUACUUCCGACCAAGAAACCAGCAAGUACUAUCCCUAGUAACAAGUUUUUAUGA